AUGCUCGCGUCGCUCGUCGCGAUCGGCUCGCUCGCUGCUUUCGCUCCUACGGCACUGACGCCGCCAAGCUCGUGCCGCCAACCCGGCCUGCGCCUCUCGGCGCCAGUGCUCUCUGGAGCACUCGCCACUGGCGCCGCCAUCGGCCUCUGCGCCGCGAGGGCUGCGGACGGCGCCAGGCUGGCCUCUCGAGCUGCACACGCCGACGAGGCUGCGUUUCGGCGCUACGGAGCCAGUCUCCACGGCAUGUCGGCUGCAGUGCUUUACGCCGGCUGGCGUGGCGGCGCGCUCCCCUUCGCCGACGCCUUCACCGCCGCGGCGCUCAUCUACGGAGGGAACGGGCUGCAGUGGCUCCUCCUCCCGCGCUACUCGGCCUCGCUCUACCGCUUCGAGGCCGAGAUCGGGCCCGCCGCCACCGCCGCCGUGCGCGCGUGCGGCGGCACCCUCCUCGCGAGCGGCGCCUACAUGCAGCUCUUGCGCCGGCGGGGGCACGCUGCAGGCCUCGCCGCCAGCGCUGGCCUGGCCGCCGCCCUCUCCCUCGCGCGCGCUGUGGGGGCGCUGCGCGCCGCACGCGCCGCCGCCGCCCGGCAGGGGUGCGGGUUGGACUACGCGCCAAGUAUCGGCCGGGCAGCCGCCGCGGCGGCGGCGAGUGCGGUGAUCGCGCUCGGGGCAACGCGGUGA